UAAUCAACAACCUUACACAAACCAACUUGAGCAUCUUCAACAUGAAGACAGUGGGUUUGUUUCUGUGCCUGGCCCUCGCCGGAGCCUCUGGCAGUAUCUUCAGACGAACACCCACCACCGACGGCCUCAUCGUGCAGCCCCUGGACUACAUCCCGCAGCAGGUGCCCAUCUACCAGCAAUACCAACAGACGUUCGACGAAUACCAGAACCCGGAACACAACCAUCACCACGAGAAACAAAACCACCAACACAAGGACAACCAUCGCCAUCACUCAAGCUCCUCAUCGCAUUCAAACUCGCACGAAUCUGAAGAAACUAAAGAGAGGAAUUCCCAAGAACACACCAAGUCACACCAUGACUCCAAGUACUGGAAGCAUUUCACAUUCGUGAAGAAGGAUGGUGAUAUGGUGCCCGUCUACGGCGACCCCAUAGUUUGGAAAGGUUUAACCAUCGCCAUUGGUCCCAAAUCCGUCGUGCAAAAGGAGGAAGAUAUCGAGAAAAUUUUCGGCGACGCCGAGCAAAUUAUGAAGAGCAUUCCUGAAGAACAUAAGGCCAAGUUUCACGAGGCUCUCACAUCCGCGAUUAAGAACGACCACGAGGACGCCCACCUGAACGCCACACAAUUGCUGCAGAAGCACAAGUACCCCGUCGAAGAGCACAUCGUGAAGACCGAUGAUGGAUACCACCUCACCCUGUUCCGCAUCCCGCCUAAGGUACAGGCUCACGAUGUUGUGAAGAAGCCGGUCGUGAUGUUGAUGCACGGUCUCCUUGGAAGUGCUGACGACUUCCUGCUGCAGGGUCCUGGAAAAUCUCUCGCCUACCUGCUCGCCGACGAAGGCUACGAUGUAUGGCUAGGCAACGCCCGUGGCAACAAGUAUUCCCGUCACCACGUAAGCAAGUAUCCAGCCCUUAACGACUUUUGGAAGUUCAGCAACGAUGAAAUCGCCCUCCAUGACUUACCAGCCAUGAUCGACCAUGCUCUCCAGACUUCUGGCCAAGAGAAGCUGCACUACAUCGGCCACGCCCAAGGCACCACUACGUUCUUCGCUCUGGCAUCUGAAAAACCCGAGUACAACGACAAGAUUAUCACCAUGCAUGCUUUGGCGCCCAUGGCGUACAUGACCAACACUCGCAGCCCGCUCGUACGUAUGAUCGCCCCGACCAGCAGCUUCUACGAGCGUCUCCACGAACAGUUCGGAAACGGUGCUUUUACCCCGAGCAAGGAGCUGGUACACACCACCGGAGGCGCCAUGUGCAAGAACACAGUCGGCUGCGACAACAUCUGCUCCAACUUGAACUAUGUUAUGUCUGGCGUUGAUAUGGAGGAUGCUGACCCUGAGAUGAUCCAUGUCAUCAUGGCCCACCUGCCCGCCGGAACAUCUACGAGGGUGAUAAAGCACUACGGUCAGGGCGUCGCUUCCCACGAGUUCAGGAAAUACGACUAUGGAACAGAAAUGAACAAACAAGUUUACGGCACUCCCGAGCCUCCCAAAUACGAUUUGCAGAAAGUCCAGACUCCCGUGUCUCUGUACUUUAGCGAAGAGGACUGGCUCGCCCAUCCCAAGGACGUUGAAAGGUUGGCGAAGGCUUUGCCCAAUGUGAAGACCGUCCACAAGGUACCAGAGAAGCACUUUACACACAUGGACUUCCAAUUUUCGAAGAAGGCUCCCGAAACUGUUUACAAGAAGGUGAUGGAAUCAAUGCAUGCGCCUACACAAUAAUUUAUUUGUAAUUACAAUGACUUAAAAUCGUUCAAUAUCUGUUAUGAUAAUUUGUUAUACGACACUGAAAUAAAUCCGUCCAUUCAAUUAUA